AUGUCACAGGUGCUAGCUCCGGAGGUUAUAGAGAACCCAGACGGGUCGAAGCAGGUUAUUUCGUACAGAGAGGAGGACGGGGAGAAGUACAAGAUCACGCAGAAGAUCAGGGAAAUCAGAGUCACGGAGAAGGUUAUCAAGUCUGUUGCUGACCGGAAGAAGUGGACGAAAUACGGGCUGGAGGCCGGUUCCCCCGCGGGGCCCAACGACUCGACCACGCAACUCGGAGAAGAGGUUGCGCUGAGCCUGAGCAGGAACUGGAAGCAGAAGGAGCAAGAGCGUACGCAGCAGUCGAAGAUCACGUCCUCGAAGAUGAUCACGUGUAGACUGUGUGGGAACGACCAUUACACCAUGAGUUGUCCAUUCAAGAGCAUACUGAACGAGAUUUCCGCACUGGAGGACCCUGCUGCAGCGGCGGAGGGCGAAGGUGUGAGCGACAUGGCGCACGUCGCAGAGAUGGGCGCCACGGGCGCUGGCAUGGGCCCAGGUGGGCGCUCGUACGUGCCACCAUCGCGCCGUGCCGGUGCCAGUGAUCCAUCCUCGGAUGCGUACAGGGACUCCAGGGAACGUGACGACAGUUGCACUUUGAAGAUCCUGCAAUUGAACGAGAACGCGGACGAGAACACGCUGAGAGAGGAGCUUCUGUUCCCCUUUGCGCCGAUCCAGAGAGUCGUCGUCGUCAGAAACAGGGAAACGGGCAGGUCCAGAGGGCUUGCCUUCGUCACUUUCUCCAGCGAACAACUGGCAGAGAAGGCAUUGCAAUUCUUGGACGGUAGAGGUUUCAUGAACUUGAUCUUGAAAGUAGAAUGGUCCAAACCAAAACCACCAAAGGAGGAAUAA